AUGUCGACCAAUGCGACCCCUUGGGACACCAACUACGGCUCUGUAAGCCAGAUUAACUGUGUGUAUCCGAUAUCCGGGACCUAUGGACCACUACCUCGAUUCCUGUAUUAUGUCACACUCGUUUUUGCAAUUUUCGGUAGACGGCGGGAAUGGCUCGUCAUCGGUGCCCUGGUCAGCGCAUUAACAUAUGCCGGCACGGCAGCGAUUCACAUGAUGGCAUUGGUCAAAAGCAAGCAAGGAGUGUUCGAUUUAGAUAUCAUGGCGGCUUGGGCCGUCUUGAGCACAGGUGCUUUGGCCUACAUUGGCAUCAUCCAUUGGAGCUCAACACUACGAGACUCCAGGGCAAGAAUUGUCAUGAUAUUUUGGGGAUUCUUGGUCGGCGUAGGCCUGGUGAUUGGCCGUGCCAUCCUGUUCGACGCCGAGUCCAGCCCGCCGGAGCCCGCCUGCUACUCCUCAAAGGGGAAGCUCCUGGAGUAUCCCAUGGAGUUAAUCAGCCCGGAAUUCAAUUGCACCUAUAAGUGCUUUUCCCUGUCCAAACCCAUGAGGCAGCAGUCGGAGAUACAGGCGGUGCCACGCAGUCUGGUGGACAAUACCAAGUCACGCUCGGCAUACGUGCUGGUUGGGCCCAUCCAAUUCGCCGCGUAUGCUGCCUUGAGCAUCGACGUCCAGAACCAUACGCCGUCGAUGCUUUGCCAACGGAUCGUGCUGUCUUAUCUCAUCCAUCCUGGUCAGCGCGAAGAGAUGGCCAAGACGGUCUACAACGCCUCGAUGGAGCGCUGGUAUGGUGGUUACUUUGCCCUACUUGGCUACGUCGGUCGGAUCCACUGGGACUGGAAGAAAUUCUGCCUGUGUUCAAUCGUGAUUCCAUAUUUGUGUCUAAGCCUCAUAGUUGACGCCCUGUGUCUUCCGUUGAUGGUUGCCAAUAUUGUGGUUAACGAGAUCACGUUACUGUCGAACAACAUGCCUGUCAACGAGUCGAAUCGCGCUGUGGGCCAAUGGAGCCCCAUUGUCAACUCAAUGCUCGUCGUGAUCGCUGCUUGCAUCAACAGAUUACUGGAGCUAUAUGAGAGGCGCCAAAGGACAAAGAAGUUGCUCGGCAGUGUCUUGGAAGGGGGUGAUCUGACCUAUCAGCAAUCAGACCCCAGUGAGGAGCAAGCAAACUUCAGCGGGAAAGAUGGCCAGAGGACCGGAGUGACCAAGCCGAGCCCAAUACACGUCCACACUUUGAAGGACAUGGAAGACUGGAGGAAGCAACCCGGUUAG